GCCUCCGUGCGGUGGAGCAAGGCUUGUUCCUCUCCCACUCAGCCGCGCAGGUUCCACAUUUUUUUUCCUCUCCAAGGUUGAAUUGACCAAAGCAAUGGUUAUGGAGAAGCCUAGUUCCCUGCUGGUCGGGCGGGGAUUUGUGAGACAGUAUUACACACUGCUGAACCAAGCCCCAGACAUGCUACACAGAUUUUAUGGAAAGAACUCUUCUUACGUCCAUGGGGGAUUGGAUUCAAAUGGCAAGCCAGCAGAUGCAGUCUAUGGACAGAAAGAAAUCCAUAGGAAGGUGGUGUCACAGAACUUCACCAAUUGCCACACCAAGAUUUGCCAUGUUGAUGCUCAUGCUACUCUAAAUGAUGGUGUGGUGGUCCAGGUGAUGGGGCUGCUCUCCAAUAAUAACCAGGCUUUGAGGAGAUUCAUGCAGACAUUUGUCCUUGCUCCUGAGGGUUCUGUUGCAAAUAAAUUCUAUGUUCACAAUGAUGUCUUCAGAUACCAAGGUGAGGUCUUUGGUGGCUUUGUCACUGAGCCCCAGGAGGAAUCUGAGGAAGAAGUAGAGGAACCUGAGGAAGGGCAGCAGACCCCUGAGGUGGUACCUGAUGAUUCAGGAACUUUCUAUGACCAGACCGUCAGCAAUGGCUUGGAAGAACACCUAGAGGAGCCCGUUACUGAACCAGAGCCUGAUCCUGAACCAGAACCAGAAGCAGAACCUGUCUCUGAAAUCCAAGAGGAAAAGCCCGAGCCAGUAUUAGAAGAAACUACUCCUGAAGAUGCUCAGAAGAGUUCUUCUCCAGCACCUGCAGACAUAGCUCGGACAGUACAGGAGGACUUGAGGACAUUUUCUUGGGCAGCUGUGACCAGUAAGAACCUUCCACCCAGUGGAGCUGUUCCAGUUACUGGGAUACCACCUCAUGUUGUUAAAGUUCCAGCUUCACAACCCCGUCCAGAGUCUAAGCCUGAAUCUCAGAUUCCACCGCAGAGGCCGCAGAGGGAUCAAAGAGUGAGAGAGCAACGAGUCAACAUUCCUCCCCAGAGGGGCCCCAGGCCAAUUCGUGAGCCUGGACAGCAAGGUGAUGUUGAACCCCGAAGAACUGUGAGACACCCUGACAGUCACCAGCUCUUCAUUGGCAAUCUGCCUCACGAGGUGGACAAAUCGGAAAGACAUGAAAUUUAUAUACCUUAA